UGUGCCAUGUUUGGACUCGUCCACGAUUUCAUUUUGAUCAUUUGGCCUCGCCCCUCCUCCAUCUCCUUCCAAUUCGUCGUCCUUUGUCCUUACUUGAUCCAUGAAUUGAAGGCUUGUACCGUUCGUAUCUAUGGUUAGUUAGUUGUCACGCCAUCCUCGCAUUUCCAUCGGAUUGACAUCAUGAUCCCGUUCAGUUGGAUAGAUUUCCGCGUUCAUCAUGGACGUUCGACCCCCAUUUGUAUCCAUGGUUCGGGGUAAUCCCAAGAGAACUUCUUCUUACUUCAAUUACGGCAAUUUUCAUCGACCACGGCUGAAGUAUUUGGGUCGGAAACGCCCAAAAGUCGAUCCCGAUGGACGCAGUCGGGUGUUGCCGGAAAUCUCGCGCAAUCAGAAAGUCACUCUUCAUCGCCGGAAAUCCAAAACCAAUGAGGCCAAAAAUCAACAUCAAUUUGACCGACUUCCCAAAAUAGGCGUGUCCACAGCCCCAGCCAUCGAGUCCGAAAUAGAGAGUCAAAUCCAAUCAGAAAUCACAGAAGAAUUCGAUUUGACCGUGGCCGAGGCUGAAGGCCAUAGAUUAGACCCGAUUUUAUGGCUCCAUCGGUUUGUGUACAAUUCCAAACGCGAGAUCGUGGAAACGCGUCGGAAAUCGAGAAGCACCAAUGAUCUCAUGGGCUCCACGGGCUCCACGGGCUCCACGGGCCCCGUUGAAUCCGCUCAACCAUCCUAUGUACUAGAUAAUGCAGUAUCAUGGAGUGCGUUGAGAUCGAAAUUGGCCCAGGCCAAAGUGACGGAUGCCUUCACGAAUUUGAAGUUCGAAAUCCAUGGGGUCACUUUCACAUCUUUGAGGAUCAUUGGCGAAGGUGGCUAUUCCACGGUAUACGAAGUGUUUGAUACGGAUAAGACUUUGCGAGCUUUGAAAGUGGUGGAACUCACGGGUUUGGAGGCUUCACUAAGAAAUGAUUUGCUUAGAGAAAUCGAGUUUCUCCUCAAGUUCCGUGGUUCGGAUCAUGUGAUCCAAUUGAUUGACCAUGAGCAUUCCACCCGAUCCAACGGUAAAGAGAGCUUAUACAUCCUAAUGGAACGUGGCGAAUGCGAUCUCUCGUCUAUUUUGAAUCAGCUCAACCACAAAGAAAGAUUGACGCCAUCCAAAUUAAGAUAUUAUUGGGAACAAAUGCUCGAAGCCGUUCUCGUGGUCCAUGAAAAAGGGAUCGUGCAUGCGGAUUUGAAGCCGAGCAACUUCAUCUUGGUGCGGGGUCAAUUGAAAUUGAUUGAUUUCGGAUUCGCCGGAGAGCUUCCUCCUGGCGAGGAAUACCUCGUCCGAGACUGCGUGGUUGGCACUAAGGCCUACAUAAGUCCGGAAUCAUUCGCUUACUUUGUCAUAGAAGAAGGAGCCAUCGAUUGGGAAGCCAUGAAGGGUCGGCAGUAUCACAUCAAGGUCGGCUACAAGUCCGACAUCUGGGCUUUGGGAGUGAUCCUUCAUCAGUUGGUGUACCAAGGUGCAGCUCCAUUUUCCGGGAUUCCCGGCGGGAAAUUGGGCAAGUUCAAGGCUUUAAUCGAUCCGGAUACCCAAGUCGAAUUUGAGCCUGUGAGUGAUCCAAAUCUCUUGGACACUAUGAGGUUGUGCUUGAUUAAAAACCCCGAAGAAAGGGCCGACCUCCAAUCCUUGCUGAAGCACCCGUUCCUCAAUUGACCUUUUCGUCAAUACGGCCGGUUAUGUUUUGUUUCGUUCUUGCUUGGGAUCGUACGAGCAGUUUUGAUCAUGUGUGAAAUUACAAAUAUAUCGUUUC